UGGCAGUUCGAGUUUGUCGUCAGAUCGGGAAACGAGCGACGCGCGAUUAGGAAUCGAGUCGUUGGCGACGUGUCCACGCGUUCUGUGCAGCGUUCAAUUUCUGUUGCUUCGAUCGAGUCGUUUGCUCGCGGCAUACCGACAUGGGUUAAACGGUGCUUUCUCGAACGGUAAUCCGAUCGUGGUUCGCGCGUAAUCUUCUACCGAGCUGUGUUUCCAAGUGAAUGUACUAGUGUUUGGCACCGCGAGUUCUCCAAUUUAAAAAAAAAAAAAAAGUGCGGAUCGAACCGACGAUACGCUGGUUCACCUCUUUUGUUGUGUUCGUAGCGAGUGGGAAUACAUAUAUAUUCGCUGGAAAGGUGAGAGGAUACGAUACCUAACGUUGCUCCGUUUGAACCGAAUGGACCGUGCACGUCGACGUCGACGUCGAAGACGAGGGAUAAAGUCGUCGACGACAGCGCGACGAAACGCGGAUAAUGCAGCAACUACGUGACCGACCGAGUAGCGAUCACCGAUACGAGAGAAGAUCAACCUCGACCUCGAAACGCGCGCAAGACAGUGUAUUACUCUCGAAGAGCGUGCGCGAUCGGAGAACGGAAACUACCGAGGAAAGAAUUAUUUCGGUUGCCGUUCGCUAACCGUGUAGAAAACGUUCGUAUCCUCGGCGACCGCGAACGUCUACGAAGAGGUUCCUGCAUUGGUCCAAGAGAAACCGUUAAUCGGCCGAAGUAGGACAAAGUGCAAUAAUCCUACUUAAGGAAGUACCUACGUUCUGUGCACCUUCCUCGGGCAUAGAAGGCCAACGAUCCUCCGGAAUCGUUGAAACGCGAUCGAAGAUCGAGAAAUUUUAUGUAGGAAGAUUGCAACCAAGUACCUUGUAACGUACCAAAUAAAUCGUCUCGCUUUUCAAAGAAAUUUACGAAGGGCCGGGAACGACGAGCCUCGAGUAUUUUCGCAAGAAAAUCAUCGUUCCGAUCGUGUAUCUCUUCCUGUCGACGUGCUUCCUCCUUCUUCGUUUGCGCAAACGAUCGAGAAAGACGUAUUUUAACGAGACUGCGUUGCAAAAUACGCGCGAUCGCGUGUGCAGACGGAUGGAUUAGCAAAGAUAACCGCGAGUUCGAUCGCGCGACCGACCGACGCGUCUAGAAUACGGAAAGAGUCGUCGGUUGGUGGUGUGCGCAACAAGUUACGGGAAGCACGUGACUGUCGGGUCAGCUAGCUAAGCAAACAUCCGAUAACGCUGGUAGCGACGACCGCGAAACUCCCGGCUCGCGAUUAAAUAACACUCGAAAACUAUCGUAACGAAAGAACUCGCUGGUCGAGUCGAAAGGAUGCGCGGAGGAUUGUAAUCGACGGUGGUUACGAAUUACGGAAGUCGAGACAGGGAAUCGGAGUAGACUCGAACCCGACCAGUUUCGUCCUUCGUUUGUCCCAUUGGUGGAUUCUCGAGGACACCGAGAAACAGCGAACUGGUCCAGUUCCUGUGGGACACGAUAAUCCUAUUUCACAGGAGGGCGCAAAAUCUUUGAAUGACUUUCCCAUUUUGUGGCUUCAUUUUCGACUCGUCCGACGACAGGACGAGACAAAUGCCAGUCGCUUCGGAAGACUGGGUGCCGCACCCGGCCAAGAUAACCAGUUCUAUCACCACCGUCAAAGGUGCCACCAUCCAAAGCACCACCACAGCUUGGAUGUCGCCGUACAGCAGAGCCUCGCCGUCCGAACGUCCGUCUUCGAACAAUAACAACAUCAACAACAAUAACAACAACAAUGGUGUUGUCAUACUCGAAGGCUGCAGACCGCCCGCUGCCACCACGGCUAGGAGAUUUCUCAGGUGGUUCAGCAGACUGGGACAACCGCCGAUGGGAAAGUCAGGGGUGCUGGAGAUGGCGGCCACAGAGAGCACGAUCCGAUUCAGCGGCCAUACGUUGGACAAGGCUACAAAGGCCAAGGUAACGUUGGAGAACUACUACAGCAAUCUAAUAGCUCAGCAUAUCGAGCGGAAGCAGAGGCUCGCGAAAUUAGAGGAAUCGUUGAAAGACGAAGGGCUCUCGGAGCAACAGAAGCAAGAGAAACGGUUGCAGCAUGCUCAGAAAGAGACCGAAUUCCUUCGGCUGAAGCGCUCUCGACUCGGCGUCGAAGACUUCGAGCCCCUCAAAGUAAUUGGCAGGGGCGCUUUCGGAGAGGUAAGACUCGUGCAGAAGAAGGACACCGGCCAUGUGUACGCGAUGAAAAUUCUGAGAAAAGCUGACAUGCUGGAGAAGGAGCAAGUCGCGCACGUCAGGGCCGAAAGAGACGUUCUGGUGGAAGCUGAUCACCAAUGGGUCGUGAAAAUGUACUACAGCUUUCAGGAUCCAAUAAACCUGUAUUUAAUAAUGGAGUUUCUACCAGGAGGCGAUAUGAUGACGUUGCUGAUGAAGAAAGAUACGCUUUCCGAGGAGUGCACGCAAUUUUAUAUUUCCGAGACGGCGUUGGCGAUCGACUCCAUUCAUAAGCUAGGCUUCAUUCAUAGAGACAUCAAGCCGGACAACCUGUUGCUGGAUGCACGAGGUCACAUAAAGCUCUCCGAUUUUGGGCUAUGCACGGGCCUGAAGAAGUCUCAUAGAACCGAUUUCUACAGAGAUCUCAGUCAGGCGAAACCUUCGGAUUUCAUGACGUCCUGCGGUAGCGGAAGCGGCGGAGCGAUGGACAGCAAAAGAAGAGCCGAGAGCUGGAAGAGGAACAGGAGAGCGCUGGCUUACAGCACAGUAGGGACGCCCGAUUACAUAGCUCCAGAAGUAUUUUUACAGACUGGCUACGGACCUGCCUGCGACUGUUGGUCCUUGGGCGUCAUCAUGUACGAAAUGCUUAUAGGGUAUCCUCCAUUCUGCAGCGAAAAUCCGCAGGAGACGUAUAGGAAAGUUAUGAAUUGGAGAGAGACUCUCGUGUUUCCACCAGAAGUUCCCAUUAGCGAGGAAGCUAAAGACACUAUAAUUAGAUUCUGUUGCGAAGCUGACAGAAGAUUAGGCGCACAGAGGGGCAUCGAGGAGCUCAAGCUGGCACCUUUCUUCCGUGGCGUCGAUUGGGACCACAUCAGGGAGAGGCCAGCCGCGAUUCCAGUCGAGGUGCGUUCCAUCGACGACACAUCCAACUUCGACGAAUUUCCUGACGUGAAAUUGGAGAUACCAUCAGCGCCGAUGCCUCAGGACGGUGAGGUAAUAUACAAGGACUGGGUAUUCAUUAAUUACACGUUCAAGCGAUUCGAGGGUUUGACGCAGCGAGGCACGCCGACCAAGAAAUAGCAACACCCAACUUCAUGCUCGGUUCCAACCGGCAGUCAACAGUCUGACGACGCAACUGGAAUUCCGGCCUUGGUACAUCACCCGCACCCUCCGUUAUCAUCGGCGGCAUCACGGAUGGAUGGCUGAUCCGUUCCAUUUUUCGAACACGGUCCAGUCAAUCAUCAGGGGCGAAUCAUCGUUUACAUGUGUACAUACGUGAUUCGAUGAGCACCGCGUGCGUACGUAUAUGUUAUUAAAGAGACAGAAGAAGAUGAAGACGACGAACAUGACAAAGACGAUGACGAUCAAACGUGCAAAAUAGUCGUGUCGUUGUUUGCAAAGAACGAUAAAACGAAGUGAUAUCAAGAUUCCGGAAGCGAGCGAUUCCGAAAAUUGUUGCACAUGUGAUAAGGAUAAAACCGAAACAUUUAGCGUACCGCGACUUUGCAGCGGUCCACCGCUAUGAGAAACAUUUUUAUUUCCGUUUCAGCUGUCGAUAUUGUUUUCCAUCCGAUCUUCGAAAGCGUAGCAUAAUAAGCUCUCUGUAGUGACAAAUAUUAAUGGGAAAGAAAAAAGUAAAUCGAAGAUGGAGCCUCGGUCCCGUGAUUCUCGCAGUGCAUACAAUUUUUGCGUAGAAGUCCGUUCGGUGUGUGUUCUUUCGUCAUUCUUAACGAAAUACUGGCUCAGCUCUCGUAUUCAGCUCUCUUUUCGACGUUGUAUUUAUAGCUAGUGCUGUGAUAUGAAAUUGUUUGAAAGUUUUGUAUACAAAUUGCUGUUUUGUCUGUUAACAAAUACUGAACUUUACGAACGUUGUAUUCUAUUCGAUCGCCCCCUACGUUUGUCCAGAAAAAUUUAGAAAUUUGUUGGUGUAAACGAACGUAUUUUAUAUUAUUAUAUAUAUUUUUGAGAGCUUUUGCCCGGAUAUUUGUUAUCCCACACGGAACUGCACGAAGAAUAAUCGGCAAAUUGUUCUCCGAUCGUGUAUUUAACCUUCUAGAAUUUUUCACUUUUUACGUUGCCGAUCGUGUCUUGUACACGAAAUAUUCGGAAAUGUAUAUCGGCGUGUAAACGAACGUUUUAAAAAAAAAAUUUUUUUUUUUUCUAAUUUACGAAUAAUUAUGGUUUCGCUGCAAAUCGCCAUAAUUCGGAGUAACCCAAUUACGAUAUAAGCUUUGUGACUCGAGCUUUCUCGCAUAACUUUUGUGCUUUGUGGUCUUUUGUAUCAACGUGUAAUGUAUUGUGAAAUAAAACCUAUUCCAGUUGAUUAAAUUGGUGGAAGAAAGAGAGGCGGAAAAAAAAACGAUUGAAACGCGGGAAGGAGAAUCAUAUACAGGUACCGGGUCUCUUUCUUACGGAGAAAUUUGCGGUAAAGUUUUUGUUCGCGCCCGAGUAUUAUGAAAAUCUUAAACCGUUAAGAGCAUCCUAAAGAGCGUGAAAAUGGAAAAGAAUACACUCGUAAGAUUCAGGGCUCCUUCGUUGCCUUAUCAAGGUUCCUAACGCGUGACACGCGCGUCAGCCCAAAUCCAUAACUUACAAAGCCAACAUAAAAAAAUAAAGAGAAAGAGAAAGAAAAGCAGUAAUAUUUGCAUCGCUGGGUAAAACAUAGGUAAUAACGAAGAGUGAAGAAAUGAACGAUAACGGCGAAAUUGUCGAGGCGAUUGAACCGAACUUUGGUAUAUAACUUUUAUAUUAAUUUCGAUGGAAAAUAUAUAAAUUUGAAACUGACACGCACCUCUGAUCCUCCUAGGUUUUAAACGUAUUCGUUGCUCGAUUCCGCGCGGACGAGUCGUUGUCCGGUACCGUUGCUCGAAAGUUCGUUGGAACGAAUACGCCCAGCAAUAUUGGAUCGCGCAAAAUUUCCUAUGCAUGAAGAGGAAAAAGUAGUGGCACCGCAUGGUCUGUCUUACGUAUUCUGUCGAGCGAUAUAGUUUUAUUUCGAAUAUAGCACCGUGGACGAUUAUAACGUUUACAUUCUGUAGUUUACCGACAGCCAGGGCACCGUGGUAGUAAUAGUACUAAUCGUAAAGAAAAAAAAAAAAAAAUGCUAGAUAACAUAUAAGGUAACAUACAAGAGGUACCUAUGUACGCGCACGCUCGAGACGUAUCGCGUUCCGGCUGAUAGUACUUGUAUAAAAAGUUUCGCUCCUUCCUCGUACGAUCCCGGCGUGUCUCCGUUAACGAAAUGAAACUACGUAACGACGUUGCUAUAUAUAUUUAAAACGAGAAAUUAGUUUCGUACGACUCGAGUCCGCGAGUACUUUCAGCGUGCGAUUAUGGAGCACACAAGCUUAUCGUUUUUCAUUUAAACGGCCUCGAUCGAUCUACCGGCGAAAGCAAAGUAUUUUUAUAAAUACAGCGUAAAUAGAAAGGAAAGGUACGUAACAGAGAGGAACUAUUUCCCGCGAGAGAUCCACGCGAAGUGUAUCGUUCGUGCUCCAUAGUCCUGUGCUCGAAGCGCGGCUAUCUUUUCCGCCAUACAAAGUAAAAAGGUUUCGAUACUAUAACUUAACGAUACAGAACGCUUAGGUUUACGGAAUACCGUUUAUGUCGGCAACUUUUAAGCGAAAUGACAACUAAACGAUAAAAGCAAAACUAUUUUCUGCACCGGUAAGAAGAAAGGAAACAAGGAGACAAGGAGGAAGAAAGUGUGCGCGAAUGUGUGCGAGAGUGAAGGGGGCCAGAAGAAAGGGGUCUGGAGAGAGAACAGAAUUUAGGCGCGCCUGUUAAGCGAGCGAAAAUAAGGGAAAAAGAGGGAGAGGGUGGAGACUAGCGUAAAUGAGGUAUACAUUGAGCGAGAAAGUGAGAUCGGAGGUUGGCGAAAUUCUCGAACGGAUACGAAUUCCGAAGAAAAGGAUAAACAUCUCGUUUAUCCGUGUUUCGUUGAAUAGAAAUUAGAAUUCGAGUCGUGGAACGAAAUAUUUUGCAACGACAAAAUGAACAUUUCAUAUCGAUUUUAUUCGCGAUCUGUUCGAUGAAAAUUUCGUCCAUCUCCAAGCGAGAUACGAAGAGUUGAUAAACUUAGUAAUCUUGUUGAGUACAGAUAUGUUCUGACGUCCAAUGCUACCGAGUAAAAAAAAAAAUAAAAAAAAAAAAGAAGAAGCGAUCGCGACUUAUUUAUUUAAAAAGAGGAUUAAAUAGAAUGAAACAAUAGCCACGAGAUGCCUUGGAUGCAGCAAGUUUUCGGUGCCCUGGACGUAAACAGUACGUGCACGUUAGAGAUACGCAACGUGGAUAGCGAAGAACAUUGUAAUCCCGUGGAAAUUUAGGUGGAAAUUUAAUCGAGAGUGCGAACGAGAAGGUCGACCGAUGGUGACGAUGUAUGCGUACUCGCGUACUAGCUAUUACCGAAUCUGUGUAAACGUAUUCCGAGAGAAACUCCGAUAGAUUAUGCAGUAAUCGUCGUCGAUGUACAUUGUAAAUAUUACCAGACACUAGAAUCGCAGUGCUGGUCGAUGUCGAACGACGACUAAACAAAGGAACUUGGCAUCUCGCCGAGUUAUAUCACGGCGUUUCGAUUACGUGAUCGUGGCGAAGCUGCGCAACGUUGAACGUGACUUUGGCGAAUAAUUGUUUGAAGUAACGAUCGAACGAAAUAUUUGAAAUAGUAACGCAAUGCUGCCCGAUUAGUUCGCAUAGUAGCAGCCAGGCACGUCAAAUUCAUUAUGGCCGAACGAUGGAGGUAUGCUGAAGUAGGUGAAGGGCUGAAAUCACAUUACGAGGCUAUGUAUUAAGUGUUCUUCGAGUUUCUUUUCGGAGAGAAGAAUUUUAUUAAUUUUCGUUUAACUUUGAGAAUAUUGUGGGUAUGCAUCUAAAAUAUUCUCACUGUUAAACAAAAAUUAAAUAAAUUCUUCUCCGUAAAGAAAAAACACUCAAUACUUGGUCCUUAGUGUUCAAGAACCACACAAUGUUUAUUCCACCCUUCUAAGUAGGAGAAGAUAGGGAGCUGGUUCACGUAAACAUGUACAUACUUUUAAACAUAAAUUGCAUGGGACUUCGUAUAAAAAAAAAAAAAAAAAAAAAAAAAUGAAGAAUGGCUCCUAUUUGACGUGUCUGGUAAAUAAGCGUUCGUUCGAUGCCGCGUUCCGUUUCGCUCAAGUGUCGAGUUUGCUUCUCGUUGUAAAGUGUCGUUCUUCGCGACAGAAUCGACGUUCGUUCGCUUACUUAAAAAGAAAGGAAAGAAUGAAACUGAACAAGAGUCGUUUCAAUCAUCGUUUCAGCUAACCGCUUCGCAACAAUGUGCGCGUGUAAUUAUUUCAAAUAUUUGCAAUAAAAAGAAUACUUCAAAUAAUGCCCAGCACUGCUUCAACUGGUUACCGAGAGUAAGAAAAGACAUUUCUACGUUCGAUCGUUUAAUUAGCUACCGGUUGCUGCCAUCCUCGUCCUUAUCAUUAUUAUCAUUAUAGAAGCAACCCUUUGCGCUCGAAUGCGAUCUCGCGAAUUUAGAAUUCAUGUUGCUCCACGUCGAACAGAGAUGGGCAAAAUUUUACUCGAGUAAUAGAUAUAGAUGCCUAACGAAAGCACCAUGGGUAGAUUUAUUUGCAAUGUUUAUUCGAUUACGGUUUACGGAGAUUUCUUAUCCGAGUCCCAUUACUGAAGGAACGUUUAUAGUAAGUGAUGACGAUUGAAAUUAAUUACGAGGCUUGGAGAAAAAUAAAUUCGGAUACAUGCUUGUCUCUUUAUAUGGAUAAAAUUCAACAUAAAUGGUUGGCGAUAAGUUUCUCUAAAUCUUUGUGAAAUUUGGAAUGGGGUAAACAGAAAUAAUGGAUCGAAUGCUACCUUGUAUCGCCUAUUCGAAGUUCUUACAUCGAUGCAAAUUUUGCCCGCCUCUGACGUCGAGGUAAUAAAUUCGAACGCGAUGGGUCGAAACGCCUGUUAGUCGACUAAACGCGCGCGUUCAUCAUCGAACGUCGCUCGUAUCCCUUCAUCGUCGUAUCAUCUGCCGAUUAGUCGAUAACUCAUCGUUCGAAGAAAGUCAGCGACAGCUUUCUUCCCUGAAACAAUCGAAUCGAUUCGUCUAAGUCUAACAAUAAGCAACGUCUGAUGGUCCGUCGCUUAUCUUCGUCGAAAGUAUGCGCUCUUCUUUUCUCUCGCGGUUGUUUGUUAAUCCUUUCGACCCUAGUAGGACAUAUAUACAUAUAUGUCUCGAUAUAUGUCUCAGUUAAUAUAUCUGACUGCUGUUGGCCAAAUUAAAAUUGAGACUCACAGGACAUUGAAGAAAUGAACAUUGUUUAUUUAUAGCCAAAUCUAGAUUAAUGCAAUUAAUUUGUAAAAAAGAAAUGAAUAAAAUUGUAAUAGAAAAUAGCCUGGUCGAAAGGGUUAACACGUACACGCGAUCGUAUCUGAAGUUCGAGAACAUAUUGUCUCUUUCGUGUCCAUCGUGUUCCUUUGAAAGAUUAUUCCUUAAAGUUGGGACGCCGCUUGCAAUCGCGUUCAAUUCGCGAUUUUUCAGUACAAUGAUAACACAAUCGCGAUUAAAUAAUUUAAAUUAAAUUUCGAAAGAAUUCUCUUCUGCAAUUUUUCUGCAAAAGUAUUACCGAAACAGUUCACACUGUCGCGUCUGAUAUAUUCUACCUCAAUUUAAUAUUGGGAGCCGCUGUCUUAGAACUACAAUCUAACCGAACUUUUGAUUUUUGUAAAAUAAGAUUGUGAUCGAUGCUUGCGAGUUGUAAAGCCAAUUAAAUAAAGCAAAUAGUAUAAGCAUUAUUAUAUAGAGCAAUAUACGUCAUUCGUCGUUUAAUUUUUCGAAUUAGUAGAAAUUGAACACUAAAAAGUGAAGCGAAAAAUAUUUCAGAUAAUGUUAUAUUUAAUAUACGGCGAGCUGCGAAGGGAUUACAAUAGAUGGUUAAUCGAAGUCGAACCUAAGAUGCCCAUUAUAAACAUUAGAGUCAAAGCGCAAUUAUUGUCCCAUUACCUUGAACAUCGUUAUCGCUAGCACUGCCAGUGAUGCCAUCGUUUCUAAAAUUCUCGUCUUGAUACAAAUUUUGAAUAACGAAUAAAAAGAAUCGAUUUUACAAAAUUAUAAAUUAAAUUGAAUUUAUCGAUAUUUAAGUUGCGAAGAUCUGGCAGAUCUACAACACUUUAAAAUUACAUUACAUUACCACUUUGAACUUGAAAAUGAAUAAUCGUAUAAAGUUUUUUAUUUGUCAUCCGUUUUCGAAUGAAAAUUUUGCUCAUCUUUGGUCACGAUGUCUUUUGCGCUACCUACUGCCAUGAAAAUUUACAGUUACCACCAAUAAUAAAUUACAAUUGGACGUAAACCAACGGCGACGCGACUAUGCUAAUUGUAUUUUUGCGAAAAAGAAAGACGAAGGCGAGACGACGAGGGCGUUCGGACAUUUUCUAGCAAGCUUGCGAUUCGAUCGAGCAAUUAUCAUCGAGUGAUCGAAAAUAAGGAAAGGGAAAAGAAGAAACACAAUGUAUAAAGUGAAAUAUUGCUUUUCACACGCGAUAUAUAAUAUUGUAAUUAUAGCGAUUGACGUUAAUAAAUUGUUUUUUAUUUUAGA